GGGCGCUCCUCUGGAAUCUUGAGUGAAAAGGUAUACAGCGGUGUUACUGUUUGUAGUCCUAAAACCCGGAACUUCACGGAGCUAUCUAUGGUGGCGCCAAAUUCGAAAGUUCUCGACCAGUUUGGGGGUUUUUUUCGCGAAUGGAAACAGAAUGGGCUCUUCAUCAGCACGUUUCUUUGGAAAGCUGCGAAAUGUAGCAGUGUUCCUGGAGACGGAAACGGAGAAACUUAAACAAGCGCACCAGGAUACUGCCCAUGACAGCACUGAGGGGGGAGUAAAAGUUCUAUAUGAAUUGCACAAAGAGGUCAGAGACCUACGGACGCAGGUCAAGGAUCAGCUGGCACAGUUUGAAGUGGAGGGAAGGGAGAUGGGGAAAUGUAUGCAGAUGCUUCUGGUGCUCAAGCAGAGGACCACAGAGGAUAUCCAGAGGUUGAAGAAGCACUAUGAGAAAUACGGAUACAAAGGGCCCGGGUCCACUCAGAAACACUCAGAACUGAGAGGCCAUGAACUGGAGGCGGUUGCUACUGGGGUCGAUGAAGAGGAGGAUGAGGAGAAACAAGGGAAAUGUGAUGAAGCAGAAGAACACCCCCCUUGUGAUACCCCUCCCAGGACCUGUCCCCCUGACAGCAGUGACCCCAUGCGCACCCCACGCCUCUCUGAUUUCGGCCUGUCGAAGAUCAGCAUUCAGAAGGCCCUGAGCGACCUGCAGAAGCACCUCGGCGAUGUCCCUGACGUGCCCCGGCUCGAGCGCCCCUACCCCACCGCGGCUUCAGAGCCGGUCCUGCCCAAAACGCCCAAGUGCACCCUGCCGAUGGACGAGGAGGCCCUCACCCCGCGCCUGGAGGACUUUGGAAUCACGGAGCACACCAUGUGUCUCAACAACGACUUCACCAUGGACUUGCUUCGGAAGAAGCCCACCAAGUCCUGCGGGACUGCAGAUGGUGUUGCCAAUCUGGGGACCUGUCCGAGAGAAGACUUCAGCAAGCUCACUCCAGCACUAGCUUCUGUGUCCAACAGCCUGGAUACUGACGAGAACCUGGACCCUCCAGAGCCUCCUGUUUUUUUGACUCCAGGGUUCAAACUGAAGGCACCAGGGCCCCUAACAACCCCCCUGAACAAAGGCGCAGACACUCAGCCCCCACUCCGUCCUACGGAUAGCCCCUCUUCCAUGGAGUUUCCUGUGUUUGAGAGCGCAUACUUACGAAAACUCUUAUCUACGGUAAAGCCAAACCCAGGGGACUGCAGUGCUGCUUCUGCUGCCCCAGAACAGAAGCCCCGCCCUCCAGAACACUCAUCGUCCAAUAGGGACCUGGUCAUCGGUGGAAGCUUGAAGUUUGAUGUGCCCAGCAUGCCAGCUGGACCCACUCAGAUAGAUGAGCACACACCAGAGAUGCCCACUCUUGAGUCUUUCUUGGGAAACAAGUUCCCAUUUAGGGCCGCAGGGGCUCAUGGGGAACCUGAGAAGGAAACUGGAGGGCAGUCGAGUCUGCAGGAUUACUGUCUGCCUGUCCUGGAGACUCACAACCUCUACACACAGGAUUUCAAACUAACCACACCCCCCUCCAGAAAAGACUACUUCACAGACUUCAGCACACCGGAGAUGCCGGACAUCAGCUCUGAAACUCAGAACCUCUGCAAACUCCUGUCUCAGCGUAAUGCGAAACCCGUCACCGCCAUUUGUUCGAGCCCGAAACCUGCAGCCCGGCCCGGCCCCAUAGCAACUGCUGCAAUGGCAAGCCCUGCAGGAAAGGAGAACCGACCUCAACUCCUUGCCCUUGUCUCAGAGAGCGAGUUCCUGAGCUUACCCGGAUACCUAAGGCAGAUGUCCCUGGCCAGCCUCAACCAGGCCAUUCAGAAAAUCAAUGGAUCCCUGGAGGACGGCCACAGCCGGGACAAUACCGACUCGCCUGGGUUCCUAGUGGAAGACCUGAAGUGGAUCACAGGAGUGGGAGCUAAGACACCUGUGUACUUCCUGUGUCUCACAGGGCUUAAGAGAUUGGAGCAUGUGCAGGGAGAGGGCCACACUGCUGUGUACAGAGUCCUCACAUCAAACUGAAGAGUUUUGUUUUCAUGUAAACUUCAGACCCCUUCAAGCAUAUGCCCAGUAAACAAAACCAGUGAAACCUGGAAUGGUCUGGAACCAGUGACACCAAUUUCUACUCCCGGGGUCUCAAAGACCAGUCCUGGAAGGUCUCUAUCUCUGCUGGUUUUGCUUUCACCUAAAAAUCAGCACACUGUUCAUACCCCAAGUAUCCAGAUGUAGUUGGUUAACUGUGUGAUCAACUGCUCUAAUUGUAUAAUCAAAUGCAGGAAAACACUGAAAACCAGCAGAGCCUGUGGCUCUCCAGGGCCAGGGUUAGAGACCCCUGCUCUACUCGAUGGUCUAUGUCGGGGCUGCUCAAUUCCAGGUCACGUGGGCCGCAGUGUCUGCAGGUAUUUGCUCCAACCGUGCACUACCCAAUUUGAUUUCAGUAAUGAGCUCAUUUCAGGAACCAAGUAAGUAAUUGGUGCCAUUAGGUGGGGUAGCGCAUGGUUGGAGCAAAUGCCUGCAUUCACCCAGGCUCGCAGGACCUGCAGUUCAGUAGCACUGGCCUAUGUAGAGGUCUUAUGUUGUAAAUUAAAUAAAAUCACCUUGAUUAAUGACUUUG